CAAAAAAAAAAAAAAAAGCGCCCACUGUGAUACAACAGAUAAUAAAAAGUUCUUUCCAUGCUUCUAAGAAUCUCUCCCUAAAUUCGCUCACACAUAUGAUCACAGAGCUUGUGGACAAUCUGAUUAGCAACAACUCUGAGCAGAGCACCUGCAAAAGUUUAAAUUUCGUAGAAAAGAGAAUAAAGGAACCUGUUUUUCACUCUAAAAAGCUCGGUUAUUUCUUGUUCAAACUUUCAACUUUUUGUUGGAUUCUUCAGGUAUUUUACGGUUUCUCGUCAUUUUACCAUCUGGGUAUUGAUCAAAACUCCGAAUUCUCUUCUGGGUAUUGCUAAGAAUUUGAUUUUUGUUAGUUGUUCAGUUUUGAGACUGCAGAGUACUGUGAAUUUAAGGUGUGGGUAAUACUGUCAUGCUGAAGGUUGCUGCUGGUCGGUGGAUUAGGGAUGAAUUCCACUAUGGAUGAUAUGAAUUUGAUUCAGCAGGCACAAAGGCAUCAUCUGGUUGUUAGAGAGCUUGGAGAGGAGAUUGAUCUGGAAAUUGGACCAGGGGAUGAUGACCCAUCAUUUGCUAAUACUCCUCUCAUGGGUGGCCCUCAUGAACCGAUUGCUAAUGAGCAUGAUGAUACCAAGCAGAUGGGGAUGGUUUCUCAACUCCCCAAUGAUGAUCAAGACAUGUCAAAGACAAAACCAGCAAAAAGGAAGAAAAAAGUGGUGAAAAGGUGGAGGGAGGAAUGGGCUGAUACCUACAAGUGGGCAUAUGUUGAUGUGAAAGAAGGAACUCCAAGGAUAUUCUGCUCCAUUUGCAGAGAGUAUGGUAGGAAGCAUAGAAGAAAUCCUUAUGGGAAUGAAGGAAGUAGGAAUAUGCAGAUGAGUGCACUUGAAGAACACAACAACAGUUUGCUUCACAAAGAGGCUCUUCGUCUUCAAAUGGCAUCCAAGGAUAAAAUUAUUGUUGACAAACCCGUAUAUGUAAAAGCUCUUAUGUCAAAAACGGCUGGAUCAAUUGUUGAAGCCGCAUUGAAAAGGGAUCCUCAUGAGGUCGAGUUCAUACAAUCUGUGCAAGAAGCUGUCCAUGCUUUAGAAAGAGUGAUUGCGAAAAAUUCCCAUUAUGUCAACAUCAUGGAGCGGUUGUUAGAGCCAGACCGUAUGAUUGUUUUCCGAGUUCCAUGGGUGGACGACAGGGGUGAGACUCAUGUUAGUCGAGGCUUUCGGGUACAAUUUAACCAGGCAUUGGGUCCAUGCGGGGGUGGUAUCCGCUUUCAUCCUUCAAUGAACUUAAGCAUUGCCAAAUUUCUUGGUUUUGAGCAGACAUUAAAGAAUGCUUUAUCACUGUAUAAACUUGGAGGGGCAGCAGGUGGAAGUGAUUUUGAUCCGAAAGGCAAAAGUGAUAAUGAGAUCAUGCACUUUUGCCAAAGUUUCAUGAACGAGAUCUAUAGAUAUCUGGGCCCUGAUAAGGACCUUCCAUCAGAAGAAAUUGGUGUUGGCACACGAGAGAUGGGAUAUCUCUUUGGGCAAUACAGACGUCUUGCUGGUCAUUUUCAGGGAAGUUUUACAGGGCCAAGGAUAUUUUGGUCUGGGUCUAGCCUUCGAACUGAAGCUACUGGUUAUGGGCUGGUUUUCUUUGCCCAGCUUAUUCUUGCUGAUAUGAAUAAGGAGCUCAAGGGACUGAGAUGUGUUGUAAGUGGUUCUGGAAAGAUUGCAAUGCAUGUUUUAGAAAAGCUUAUUGCCUAUGGUGCUGUCCCUGUUACUGUUUCAGAUUCAAAAGGAUACUUGGUGGAUGAGGAUGGAUUUGAUUACAUGAAAAUAACAUUUUUGAGGGACAUCAAAUCUCAGCAGAGAAGUUUGAGAGACUACUCAAAGACUUAUACUCGGUCCAAGUACUAUGAUGAAGCAAAACCUUGGACUGAAAGGUGCGAUGUUGCAUUUCCUUGUGCUUCCCAGAAUGAAAUAGAUCAGUCCGAUGCCAUUAAUUUGGUUAAUUCAGGUUGUCGCAUACUUGUAGAAGGUUCGACUAUGCCAUGUACCCGUGAGGCGGUUGAUGUUCUGAGAAAAGCUAAUGUUCUUAUUGCUCCUGCCAUGGCAGCUGGUGCUGGAGGGGUUGUUGCUGGUGAACUUGAAUUGAACCAUGAGUGCAAUUUGAUGCACUGGUCACCCGAGGACUUUGAAUCCAAAUUACAGGAAGCAAUGAAACAGACCUACCAGAGAGCCCUCAAAGCAGCAAUUGAUUUUGGCUAUCAGAAAGAGAGUCCAGAUGCUUUGGUAUAUGGAGCUGUCAUUUCCGCUUUUCUGACUAUCGCACAAGCUAUGACCGAUCAAGGGUGUGUAUAGAACACAAGAACUCUAUACAAUUCUUUACAUGCUCCCCUAAUUUGAUUUCUAUUGAUCAACAUCUAUCAUGGAGCUGGGAGAUUUGCUUGUGGCAGAAGGAAAAGUUCUUUGUAACAUCUAUGUAUUGUAAUUGUUUCUUCCAAAAAAAAAAAAAAUGUGGACAUUUUAUCAUCAGACACAUAAUUUAUUUUAAACAAUGUCUACUUAGUAGUAGAAUAGGAAGUGUCUUUAGAUUUGUUUCCAGAAAAUUGUCUGUUAGAAUGCAAUAGCCCUGUCAAAUUUUUGUUGCAAUAUUGUAAAUUACAUGUUUAGUGACAGUGGAAAUAAAACUUAAUCAACAAUUGUAUGGCU